AUGUCAUCAGUUACAACAGUGUCACCAGUCUUCCAUCCCCACCCUUUGGAUUAUCUACAGUGUACGUCUUUAGUCUUUACUCUUUAGUUCCUUAGUUAAUGUUUUAAGUAGGUUCUUUGUGCCGUCUGUUAAAUAAACUCACCCUCGAUUUACAAUCUGUCCUGUCCGUUUAUGUGAACGGAGACGUAAAUAAGGGGCCGUUCGUGUUUGAAGAGCUGGCUCUCGUUAGUUAUGGCUGCUGAAAUUACCCCAGGUACUGGAUCUUCCGGUGAUAAAUUCAAUUCAACGAAGAAAUUGGUUCUACUAUCGAAAUUAGAAGGCUCAAUAGAUGACAUCAACCAGGCGGUUAUCAUACGUGGGCAGGAAGGUGUCAUCAGCGUGUCUGAUGACAGGACCGUUAGAGUAUGGUUGAAAAGAGAUACGGGCCAAUAUUGGCCUAGUAUAUGUCACUAUAUGUCAGCAGCAGCAAGUGCCUUGUACUAUCAACAUGAAACUCGUCAGCUAUUCGUAGGUCUCGACAACGGCACUAUUUCGGAAUACACAUUAGGAAAUGAUUAUAAUCGUUUAAAUCAUGUGAAAGACUAUCUUGCACAUCAAGGCAGAGUCACUAAUAUACAUUUCGCUCUCAACUGUGAGUGGGUUCUUUCAAUAGGAAGAGACAAACAGUUCAAACAAUCUUGCUCAGAAUCUGGUGUUAACCUCGGGACUUACACCACGACUGCAUGGUGCACCGCUUUAGUUUUUGAUUCUGCUUCAAAUCAUGCUUUUGUUGGAGACCAUUCAGGUUUCAUCACUAUGCUAUUUAUCAACUUGUAUGGGGUGAAGAAGGUAACAAAAUUCCAAGGUCACUCUGGAAGUAUAAGUUCUCUAGCAUGGGAUCCGUCUACACAGAGAUUAUUUUCUGGCAGCUAUGACCAAAGUGUGAUUGUCUGGGAUAUAGGAGGUCAACAGGGAAUUGCCUAUGAAUUGCAAGGUCAUAGAAACAAAGUUACAGCGCUUUGUUAUGCCUUGGUGAAACGCGUAUUAAUAUCUGCUGGUGAAGAUACAGUUACUGUAUUUUGGGACAUGACUGCCCAACGAAGUGAGGCACCGACUUGGUGUGAGUCUGGUACUUGUCAACUUUGUCGAAGGCCUUUCUUUUGGAAUUUCAGGGAUAUGGCUGAAAAGCAUGUUAUUGGAAUUAGGCAGCAUCAUUGCCGAGCCUGUGGGAGGGCUACGUGUGACGCAUGCAGCUCACAAACAAUGCCAAUACCAAAUCUUGGUUUUGAGUUUCCAGUCCGUGUAUGCAGUCUCUGUUAUUCAAACAUGAAAGGGAAAGAAAAUCCAUCAAUGGCUACAUUCCUAGAAGCUAAACAUUCAAUUUCUUGGAUGGAUUUGGAUGAACAACAGAAACGUUUGUUGACCAUUGGCCAAGAUCGAGUGAUGAAAUUGUGGGACGUAUCUCAACUGUUAUAGUCAAUAUUGCAGCCUAUGUCUUGAAAAUUGCUUUUUUAUGUUGUUAUAAAAUAUUGACUAAAAUAUUGUUUAGUGAAUUACUUUUUUAAUAUUUAUUAAAUAUAUUACAUACAUAAAUGAAGUAAUGUCAAAAUAUACACCAUAAGUAAUCAAAUAAAUACAAUAACCUUCGUGGCCUCUUAAUA